AUCACUAACUAUUCCAUGGUCCAUAACAUGUAAACGUGAAGCACUAAAGAAAAGCGCUUUAAUUUCCUUCAUUUAAAGACUGCGACGCGUUUGCUUCGCACCCACCAUAUGUUUUAUAUUUGUACCACGCCAUAACCUAAUCAAACUUCAACUGCCUUGCUCUCCAUCUACAUCUACUACUCUAUCCAUCCAUAUAUACUACGGACAAUAUUUGUAAAAAUAUUGUUGCACAACAUAUUAUUGUGUUUACGUAUUUGUUAUCGGUCGAUUUUACCCGUUUUUCUUGUGUUUCCAUAAUAUACCUAUCUACACGUAUUUUUAAGUGUUUUGAUCGAGAAACGGAAGAUGGAAAAAGUGAAAGGAUCACAAAAGGCAACGGUUUGGGAUUGCGGAAGUUCACUCUACGACUCAUUCGAGCUCAAAUCAUUCGAACGUCAACUCGACUCGGCCAUCUCAUCGGCGCGAAGUUUAUCGAUGCCUCAUUUAACCGACACCCGUCGAUUUCCUCAGCCCGACUCAGGCCAGCAUCAAACUCAAUAUGACCCCCCGCAAAUCUCGUCCAAAAAAUCGUCGAAAAUUUCGCGGUCAUUUAAUAAGCUCAUGCGGACGUUGUUCAGGACUAAACAAAGUCCGAGCACUCUGUUUCGUGUCCAAAGUCAACGAGCUUAUCAUGAUCGGGUUUACGAUAGGUACGGUGCACUGACAACGAUUCCGGAGGUGUCGGAGAAUGCGAAUGCGGGGGAUUACGAAGGCGGGUUUUCUCCGGAAAUGAGAAGCGCGUCGAAUUUGGUGGAAAGAUCGGCUUCCGAACGAUUUGCCGCCACUUCUGUCGGUAUUUCAUGUGCAUGACAUAUGUAUUAAGUAUUGUUUAGAAUGUUUAACAUUCGUAUAUAAUAUGACAGAUCAUUAUGUAAUAUAUAUGUUAUAUAACUGUCGUCGAUCACCUUAAUUAAUUUGGUAGAGUUAUAAACUAUGUAUAUCUGAUUUAAGUCUAAUUUCACGUCACUGAGAAUUAAUCAAGAAGUUGCUUAUGUAGCCUCCUUUAAUUGCAA